AUGAAUACAUCGUGCGAUAGGGCAAAGCAUGUCGUCAAAUUAGAAGUCUACUCUGCCAACCUGGCUCUAGUUACUUCCGACAACGCUAAUAAAAGUAAUCAAAGGUCUACCAUGGAUCACAAAGGUGCAAAUAACGUUGGCAGUACCAAUAAUGAUAACGUUGACAACUCUCAGAGAGAUACGAGCAAUAAUGGCACCAGGGACUUUUACAUGCCACAGUCUGAACCACCUGGCACCUCACUUCCUGACUCUUCUCCAACUCCUUCUUCCACAACUCCCUUGGCCGCUUUUGUGAACAAACUUUACACAAUGGUGGAAGAUCAAUCGAUUCAGCAUUUGAUCUCAUGGGCGCCUUCGGGUGACGUUUUCAGUGUCUCGAAUCCAACAGAAUUUUCAAAAUCAGUUUUACCACAAUAUUUUAAACAUAAUAAUUGGCAGAGUUUUGUUAGACAAUUAAAUAUGUAUGGAUUUCAUAAAGUAAACGACAUGUUUCAUGCUAACCCUUCGAGUGAAAGUCAGGCUUGGGAGUUUAAGCAUCCGGAUUUUCGUCGUGGACAACUUUUAGCCUUGCAAAAUAUUAAACGUAAAAGUUCAAAGCCUGCUAAUUCCAGUAGUAUAAAAGGAAAUAUAAGUAACUCGGGGACAGGUCAAAGUCCUUCGACUGAUAAUGAUGCUUUGCGUGAUGAUAGGAUUGAUAUUUUGACAACUCAAAUGUCUGAGAUGGUGGAAAGGAUGCGUCAAAUGAGUGAGAAUUAUGGGUUAUUGUAUGCUGAAACUGUUUCUUGUAGAAUGUUACAGUCAAAACAUCAACAGGUAAUCACUGCCAUCACGAAUCUUCUUGCUUCCAUGUCUAGAGAAGAUGAUACUAACGAUCCACGUAGUUUGAAACGAAAAUUUGAAAUGGAUUUGCUACAAGCAGAAGUUGCAAAAUUGGGACAAGCUGAUGUUCCUCAACCUUCUCAUUCUCCGAUAAUGCAACAUCCUACACAUUAUCCUAGAGAUCCGGGACGAUCAAUAUCAAAUCCACAACCUAUGUGCGGUGUGGAGCAUACACCUAAUAUGCAUCAUAAUUCACAGAUGUCAGAAGUUGAAUAUCGUAUGCCAUAUCCUGCCAAUCAUCGUCAACAGUCGAAAGUUCAAACAUCAAGUCCUUUAGCCAUGUUACCAGAAAUGCCAUUUACUUUUCAACCAAGUAACAAUUACCUACGACACCGUUCUCCUGAACCGAUACCAGGAGUGAACCCCGGCGGGAAUAGUAGAUCCGCGUCAAUGGAUACAUAUAAUAGAUCGGUAUCUAUGUCUAGUUCACAUGCGGCUUCACCACAAUAUUCUCAUACAAAUUCACAUCGUCAGUCACACUCUUCACAUAUGUCAUCGUCAUUACCUUCACCCCAAAAUCGAAGGCCUUCGCAACCUGCUUCAUCGUUAAGCUUUGGUAGUGAUAGUAAUUUGUUAAAUCCACCUGAAAAUAAUAGAUACAAGGACAAUAAUUCUAUAAUAUCGCAUUCACAGUCUCAACAACAACGUCCACCAACUUCCUCUUCUACCUCACCUUCCUCAUUUAAAUCAGAGAAUCCGGUUGUAAAUAAUCCUUUAGCGACACAAAUUAGGGCACCACCGUUAUCUGAUCCACCAGAAAACAACGAAGAGUAUAAAAGGCGUAAAAGGAAUUAG